GUACUGCAGUAAAAAAUACAAGUUUAUUAGUUUAGAACAUUUCAACAACAUCGGAUUAAAAUACAAUAAUUAAAAAGAGAAGAAGAGGACAGAUGAUGAAAGUACAGUAUAAGAAACUUAUUGAUGAGUUAUUGUUUAUUUAUUUACUAGUAACUAAAGUUACUAGAGUAACUAAAAUAACUUAAGUAAAUAAUGUUACUAAAGUAACUAAUUUAACCAAAGUUACUAAUGUAACUAAAUUAACUAAUAUAACUAAAGUAACUCAAAUACUAGAGUAACUAACGUUAGAUAAGUAAUUAAAGGUAACUAAAGUACUCAGGUGGCACAUAUUUAAAGUUUUUAGUUAAAGUAUUGCAGGAAAAGUACUUACGUAUUUAAAGUUUUUAGUUAAACACCAUUAACGGACUACCAAAUGUACUUCAGACCUCAUGUUCUCUUAAUGUGUUUCACUUCUUGUCCCUUUAACAUUCAAAUGAGGUGAUCAGAUCAAACCUGAUCGACCUGAUUGGACUUUAUUGAUCAUCAGACUGGAGCUUCGUUGUUUUUUACCCUGAUGGUGGAGUUUUACUUUGAAAAUCCUGGAGGAAGUUGUUACUGUGGAGGUUCAUGUUUCAGCUGCUGUUGAACAGCUGAUCACAGUCUUGUGUCAGGACAAGACUGCAGUACUCAGAGUAGUAUUACUGCAGUAGAAUAAGCUAUAAUGAUAUAAUAUAAUAUCGAUCAGUUAUUGGUGAUUAUUGAUCAGUGAUGGCCAAAUGGGGUGAAGGAGAUCCUCGAUGGAUUGUUGAGGAGUGUGUCGACGCAACCAACGUCAACAACUGGCACUGGAUGGAGCGUGACGUUUCCAGCUGGUCGUUGCAGCGUCUGCGUCGCCUGCUGCUCGGGGUCAAGGUCACGGGGUCAGAGGGCGUCUGUCAGCUGACCGACGUGUCAAACCGCAAAGGGAAACUCAUCUUCUACGAGUGGCAGCAGAGAGGCAGCUGGCUGGGUACGUCCAGUGGAGGAGUGAAGUACCGAGGAACCGUCGAGGUGAACGACCUGUCGGACGAGAACGACCUGGACGUGGCCUCUGACCUCACAGAGUUCAGUCAGGGGAGGAUUCUGCCUAUUGCCAACGGACUGAAACCACCUGAACCGACCAUGAAGAUCCAGAUCCAGAGCGGUAGAACCCAGGUUAGCUCCACCUCCAAGUGUUCUUCUAGCUCCGCCCCCUGUCCCACAGGCGUUGGAAUCCCGACCUGCAGCUUUAACCUGGAGGAAAAUUUCCAGACAUCAGCUGCUGAGCUCUACAGGACCUUCAUCAACCAAGAGUUUGUUCAGGUGUUCACGCGCUCUGAGGCCGUAGUGGACGGUUGCCUUGGUGGCAGGUUCCUGCUGUUGGACGGGAGCAUCAGUGGAGCGUUCACACAGCUGGUGAGGCGGUUCAGGACAUGGCCCAGUGAAAACUACGCCUCCGUCAGUCUGGACCUGGAGGAGCGAGGAGACGGGACGGCGCUCAGACUGCAGUGUGGAGACGUCCCCUCUGGGUAGGAGGACGGGACCAGGAAGGGCUGGACCAGGUUCUACUUCCAGGCCAUAAAAUGUUUGGAUUCUGAGCGGAUCAGUUAGCUGUUAGCUUAGCACCACUUAAAGUGUCAGAGCUUUUCUGUAAAAUGUUCUGUGACGGAAUCAGCGUGUGAAUAAACGUUUCUCUGAAAAUGAAGAAGAUUCAAAAUGUUAGCUUAAAAUAACAGUUGUUGGCUUCUGCUUCAAUAAAGACAAGGACAUGAAGCAAAAUAA